ACUCAUAACAUURCCUUAUAAUUUAUUGUAAACUGCCCAUCAGCCCAUCAUUCACAUGCGACCCUACUUAAAAAUGUUGUACGUUUAAAAAUAAUUUCUUCUAGUUGAUUCAUAGAUCGAAUUUUUAAUUCUGGACAGUGAUUUUGAAAUGGAAGUCGAUAUUCCAGAAGAAGGUACCUCUACUUCGGCAWCAAUAGAUCCGAUGGAAGGAUCCUCAACCAGUACAAACGAGGGUUUAUCUACUGCGCUACCUCAAACCAAAAUUGUUAAAAGUGAUUUAAAUACGCCAUGGAUUGAAAAAUAUCGUCCAAAAUCAUUCUCAGACAUUAUUGGAAACGAAGAAACAGUUUUACGAUUGGAAAAGUUUUCUUCGUGUGGAAAUGUACCAAACAUAAUUAUYGCUGGUCCUCCUGGUGUUGGCAAAACUACAACAAUAUUGGCUCUGGCUAGAAUACUUCUAGGAAGUGCAUUCAAAGAAGCUGUAUUAGAAUUAAAUGCAUCCAGUGACCGUGGUAUUGAUACUGUACGAAACAAAAUCAAAAUGUUUGCCCAGCAAAAAGUCACAUUGCCUCCUGGUAGACACAAAAUAAUUAUUUUGGACGAAGCCGAUAGUAUGACUGAUGGAGCCCAGCAAGCACUUAGACGWACUAUGGAAUUAUGGAGUAAUACAACAAGAUUUGCCCUUGCCUGUAACAAUAGUGACAAAAUUAUUGAAGCGAUUCAGUCACGYUGUGCCAUGUUGCGAUAUGGAAAACUUUCUGAUCAAGAGAUCAUGACACAAAUGCUUAAAGUCUGCAAAUCCGAGGAGGUAUCKUACAGUGCUGAUGGUUUGGAAGCUGUUGUAUUUACUGCUCAAGGUGACAUGCGACAGGCGUUGAACAAUUUGCAAUCUACGUGGAAUGGCUUUAGACACGUUGAUAGCACAAAUGUAUUCAAAGUUUGUGAUGAACCACAUCCCCUACUUGUUAAAGAAAUGUUAUUAGAAUGUGCUGACCAAAAUAUCUCCAAGGCGUUCAAAAUUAUGGCUCAUUUAUGGAAACUUGGUUAUGCCCCUGAGGACAUCAUUACAAACAUAUUUAGAGUUGCUAAACAUUUGGAAAUCAAAGAAUCUCUGAAAUUAAAAUUUAUACAGGAGAUUGGAAUGGUUCACAUAAGGAUUGUUGAAGGAAUGAACUCACUACUUCAAUUGUCAGGGUUAUUAGCCAAAUUGUGCACAGUAGCUGCCAAAACAGAUAGUUAAAAAAGUUGAAAUAUAUGAUAACAUCUACUUCAUUAUUUUUCUUGAUGUUUAUUUUAUUUUAUUACACUUAAAUAUAAUAAKAAAUAGAUAUAAUUAAGRAAUUUUGGAUUAUUUUUAAUAUUUGGAAGUAGUAUGGCAUAUAAAAACACAUUCACUCUCUCAUGUUUCAAAAACUUCUAAAUAUUUUUUGUACAUACAUAUUUUAGUCAAAUACAAUAUCAACAUAAAUAUUUAAUUGCUUAUACUUUUAUCUUUUCAAAUUUAAUUAUUAAUUAUUGCAUAAAAUAGUUUUUUAUGUAAUGGUGCCAUUAAAAGUAAACCUUGUCAAAUGCAAUUAUAAAAAAAAAAAUGUUAAUAUAAAUUAAUCAGAUGGAAAAGACUGCUUCUAUGUCAACUCAAAAUUAGCUUGUGAUCUCGAAUUGAAUUCUGAUUUCUUAUAAAUCAAAAAUUUUAAUGGAGGUUGCAUUAAAAUGUAUUAAUUAAAUAGAUCAAUAAAAUUGAAUGGUCUAAUCAUAGUAAGUUAUUUUUAAGGGACCCCUUUAGCCCAUUAUUUAUUUGUUAAAUGUUUGAUGAUUGUUAAUAUAACCUUUCAUUAAUAUUUUUAGAAAGUACAUUUUAUAUUAUAUUGUAUACAUUUCUUUUUUUUUAAAUUUAGUAUAGAAAACAAAAAAAUCUAAGGGGUUUUAAUUUUAAGAGAUGUUAUCUGUAACAGAAUUAAUCUCAUAUACAAUACAUUAGAAAGUAGAUAUCACUCAAUAUUCGUGACCAAUUAAAUAGAAGUUAAGAUACUGAUAUUAAAUCUUCAUUCAUGUAAUAU